CCGAGCCGCCCCGGGGCCGCCAUGGAGGACGGAGUUUACGUGCCCCCGGACCUGUCCCCGGAGGAGCGGCGGGAGCUGGAGUCCAUCCGGCGCCGCAAGCAGGAGCUGCUGGGGGAGAUCCAGCGCCUGCGGGACGAGCUCAGCGAGGCCAUCAGCGAGGUCGAGGGGCUGGAGGCCAACGAGGGCAGCAAGACGCUGCAGCGGAACCGCAAGAGGAUGGGCCGCAAGAAAUUCAACAUGGACCCAAAAAAGGGGAUCCAGUUCCUGGUGGAGCAGGAGCUGCUCCGGCACACGGCCGAGGACAUCGCCCGCUUCCUCUACAAGGGAGAGGGGCUGAACAAAACCGCAAUAGGAGAUUACCUGGGGGAGAGGGAGGAGUUUAACCUGGGCGUCCUCCACGCCUUUGUGGACCUGCACGAGUUCACCGACCUCAACCUGGUGCAGGCGCUCAGGCAGUUCCUGUGGAGUUUCCGGCUGCCGGGGGAGGCGCAGAAAAUCGAUCGCAUGAUGGAGGCGUUCGCGCAGCGCUACUGCCUGUGCAACCCGGGCGUGUUCACCUGUACAGACACGUGUUACGUGCUCUCCUUUGCCGUGAUCAUGCUCAACACGAGCCUGCACAACCCAACGUGCGGGACAAGCCCUCGGCCGACGCGCUUCGUGGCCAUGAACCGCGGCAUCAACGACGGCGGCGACCUGCCCGAGGAGCUGCUCAGGAACCUGUACGAGAGCAUCCGCUCGGAGCCCUUCAAGAUCCCCGAGGACGACGGCAACGACCUCACCCACACCUUCUUCAACCCCGACCGCGAGGGCUGGCUGCUCAAGCUGG